GGAAGAGAGAGAGAGGCAAAACCAGAGCCAGGAGGAAGUAGUUGAUCCUGCGGACAGAGACAUACACAAUUCAUUGCUUGUAUAUACAUACAUACAUACAUAUAUGUUUGUAUAGACAGAGAGAGAGAGAGAGAGAGAAGAGAUGUGGGAAUCGAUCUGCCUAACGAUUGCGGCCACCGCCGGCAACAACAUCGGCAAGGUCCUCCAGAAAAAGGGCACCGUCAUUCUACCCCCUCUCUCUUUCAAGCUCAAGGUGAUAAGAGCAUAUGCUUUCAAUAAAGCAUGGAUCAUAGGUUUUCUAAUGGACAUGUUUGGAGCCGCGUUGAUGUUGCAAGCAUUAUCUCAAGCUCCCGUAUCUGUCAUCCAACCGGUUUCUGGCUGCGGACUUGCUAUUCUUUCUGUCUUUUCGCAUUUUUACCUGAAGGAAAGGAUGAAUAUUAUUGACUGGGUGGGGAUAGCUUUGGCUGGAAUUGGUACCAUAGGAGUUGGGGCUGGAGGGGAGGAACAACAGGCUUCUUCAAUAUCUAUUGCCCAUUUACCUUGGCUGGCGUUUGUUGUUGCAUUCUUGUUUGUACUACUUAAUGGAUGGCUUCGCAUCUACAGACGUCACCGAAGAGAACAAGAGAUGAUGCAAUCUGAAGUUGUUGAGGAAAUUAUUUAUGGCUUGGAAUCAGGCAUUUUGUUUGGGUACUGUCUCUCUAUGUGGUUUGUAUUCUUGGAGCAGGGCUUCUCCAAGUUGCUGGUUCCUGCAUGCAUCUCAAUCAGUGUUUGUUGUAGUGGUACUGGAUUUUUUUACCAGACACGGGGCUUGAAACAUGGGAGAGCAAUUGUAGUGUCCACAUGCGCUGCUGUAGCAUCAAUUGUGACUGGUGUACUUGCUGGUAUGCUUGCUUUGGGUGAACGAUUGCCUUCAGCACCAAUGGCUCGCCUUUCAGUUUUGUUGGGAUGGUUUUUCAUAAUUCUGGGUGUGGUUCUGCUGGUAACCUCGACACGGCUAGUGCGAUACCUUCCGAGGCCAUUGCGGCGUAUUGUGCAAAACAGUGUUGAUAGGAAUCUUGGCCUCAGACGACACGGGUCGCUCCAUGCCAGGGACCCAACGAGUCCUAGUGCCAUCAUCCAGGCAACCACAUUGCAUCAUUUGAUGUCAUCUCCUUCUAAAGAGAAGGCUUGAAUCGAAAAUAGCAAUGAAAUUGACGUAUAUGAUUGAAUCUUGAAUGAAGCAGCUAUACUGGAAGGCAUGAAGGUUUUAAUAUCAUACCCUUGAUAGAACAAUCUCUCUUGCAGUACUUGUUAAUUUGUUUCUCUUCAGUCUUCCCCAUACACAUACAGGUUAUAGAAUCCUUUGGAAUGUGCCAGUAAAAAUUUAUAUUUCUAAUGGAUUUUAGUUGUGAUUUGGAAGCUGUUCUCUUCAUAUAAGUUAUUUUAUUUUAUGAUGUAUUUCUUGUACUACUACUACCUAUCCCCACUGUUAAAUGCUCAUCUAACUAGUUCUUUGACCGA